AUGAUUUUGCAAUUUAGCAAUCACUCAUCCUGUCCCUGUCUCUUCCAGAUGUCUGUUUGGUGGCAGGUUCUGUUUCUCCAGUUUUUCCUUACCCUGAGCUGUGUGUACCCAUGUUGUGCAUCCCCUCCAGGCCUACUCAAGUCCUACUCAUACUCCCUCAAAUCCAUCAGAUGCACCCACACUCGGGUACAGCAGCUGCUCAGGAGAUAUAAGGAGGAGCAGUUGGAUAACAAGCAGUUUGAGGACAGAAGUCUGGAGUGGCAGACCCUACCCUCCCUCUCCACAGACUUCUACCACUGGCUUCAGAUGAAGGACUGGGAGCGUCUGAGUGCUGCCUCUCGAGACCUGCACACCUUCUGGGCUCACCUGGACAUGAAGAGAAGGGAGAUAGAGAGGGAGGAGGUUGGACAGGGGGCAGCCCACAGGAUGGGGAGCAGGGGCAAGCCAAAACCCAGCAUACCUGAGAGAAUACAGCACAUUCUGACAGACCUGCGGGAUCUCAUGACAAUAGUGAACUAUCAGUUGAGAUGUGUGAACAGCUCCAAAGUAAGCCCCACCUCUCCCCCUGCCCUGACCCGUGCAGUGAGCACUCCCUCCAGCCACCAGGCCCCAUCAAAGUCCCUGUGGACCAGCCGCCUGGAGGGCUACGUCAUCCUCAGGGACCUGGAGCGCUACCUCACCAAGCUGGCCAGAGACUUCAUCCUCCUGAAGACCAAACACAGAGGUCCUCCAGGUACCUAG